AAUAAUAAUCGUCGAGUAAUAAUUAAGAAUUAAAAUUGCUUUAUCAUGGCGGCAUUCUGGAUGGAAUUGGCAUUUUCUAUUAAAAAGUUUUAGCCAAACCGAGGUGCAUUAAUAAUUCAUUAAGACUUACUCGUAAAAUGCUAUUUAAAUGAGAAAAAAUUCCAGGUUUUGCUUAAAAUUAUCAUCCAAAUGUGGCCAAUCUGAGAAGUAUUCUUAACUAAUAACUUUGUAGCAUCGAAGCAGUCGAAUAUUGGACGUUAUAGACACCGGAUCGGACUUCUGAGCUAAUUUUGAAAUGCUUUUUAAAACAGUGAUACUUUUUCUGAUGGCAUUUCUCUGUGUAGCCUCGAUGGGCGAAGCUAAAGAAUACCAAUUUUUACCGGCGCGUUGCAAGGAGUUACCAGGAAUUGAAAAGCAAAUAGGUGGCCCAUUGAGUCUUUGCAGUUUUCCACCAAGCUACCAGUCACCAGAUUCCGAGGAUAUACAGGCUGUCAUCAAUCACAUUAAAACCUUGAAAUUAAAUUAAAGGGCACUCCUGAUACUUAUAAAUUCCACCGAUUAAAAGUAACAUUUAAAAUAUCUA